AUGGGUUUGAUAAAAGGGGCUGCCAUUAGGAAUAAUGGAAUCAUAGUAACGCAUCUACAAUUUGCAGAUGAUACAAUACUGUUUUGUGAAGCUGAGUGGGUGGAAGUGGUGACCAUCAAACCCAUCCUAAGAUGUUUUGAAAUCCUAUUGGGGCUGAAAAUUAACUACCAUAAGAGUGUGAUUGCGAACAUUGGAGUGGAUGAAAUGUUGCUUCAGAGUUUUUCCUCUCGAUUAAAUUGUGCCCAUCAGAGGUUACCUUUUAAGUACCUAGGUCUACCUCUAGGAGCUAAUCCUAGUAGGUUAAGCACUUGGAAGCCAGUCUUGGACAAGUUUAAACAAAAGUUAUCUACAUGGAAAAGAAGGCUGCUUUCGUUUGCCGGGAGAUUGACAAUAAUUAAGUCCGUCAUGAGUAACUUGCCUAUCUAUUACUUGUCUCUGUUCAAAAUACCUAUGGGGGUAAAGCAAUUGAGAAGAUUCAAGCAAACUUUCUUUGGUGGGGAUCUGACCUCAGAAGGAAAGUUCACAUGGUUAGAUGGGAUACAGUUACCAUGA